GGCGGAAGGAGGAGCCCGUUUCCAAGGAAACCAGCUUCCUCCUCCAAGACGACACACGCACGUACGCCACGCAAAACAGCUGUCGAGGUCGCGCCGUGCGUGAGCCGCGCCUCAACCCGGAAGCGAGUGAGCUGGGCGGUGUGUAUGGCAGAAGGCAAACCGCGGCGGCGAGGUUGAGCCAGGAGGAAAACUUUCCCCGUCGCGACCCCCGCUCACGGCCCCCCCGCCCUAGUGGCCCCACACAGCGCCCGGCAUGUGAGGCGUUGUGGAGGUGGGCGGGGCCUUUGUGCAGGGGGCGGGGAUAGGCGGUGGAGCGAGAGGCUUCGUCUGUCGGGGGCUAGAAGCCCCGUGAUAAGAUGGAGCCCACUGCCUCAGCUGUCUUUUGCAGCCGAGUGCUCGGCAUGGUCAACUCAGAGGACGUGAAUGCCAUCAUCCUGGCUCAAAAGAACAUGCUUGACCGAUUUGAGAAAACCAACGAGAUGCUGCUCAACUUCAACAACCUGUCUGGCGUCCGCAUGCAGCAGAUGAGCGAGCAGUUCCUCCACCACACGCGGACGCUAGUGGAGAUGAAGAAAGACCUGGACAGCAUCUUCCGGAGAAUCAGGACGCUGAAAGGAAAGCUAGCAAAACAGUAUCCAGAGGCAUUUAGCAAUAUCCACGAAUCCCCUAUCCUGGAAGAUGAUGACUUUGACCCGAUCCCCAAAAGCACCGCCACAACCAUUGCUACCUCGGAGCAGAGCACGGAGUCCUGCGAUACCAGCCCGGACAUCAUCUCCCCCUCUACCAGCCACGACUUCGAAGACCUGUCCCAGGGCCCCUAUGACUCGCCAGCUGUGAACGGGCAGAGUGUAACAGACGACGACAAUGAGACGGACUAGUCCGUGCAAGUUAAGCUUUUAGGGGUGGGGGACGGGGUGUAGGUGGGCCUUCCCCACCCCCUACUUGCUGCUGGACUUGCAAAUUGGAGACCCUUCUUUUUUUAAAAAAAAUCUGUACUUUCUGUGUUGUCUUGGCCAACUGUUUCUGCGUCUCGCAGGCAGCGAAGGGAGCAUGAACAAAGGGGCUUUUUGCAUGAACCGCCAUCUUCCUUGCAGUGCUGGUCUGUGAUUUUUAUGCCAAAUAAGCAAAACGGCAAGUGGCCCGUUCACAUUUGGGGUGUGUGUGAGGGAAUGGCUUAAACGGGGAUGCCCAGUUGCACAACUGGGCAUUUGCACCAAGGGCUGACUGCAACCUCCCGGCCAACAAUAACCACACUUAAGACAUGCAUAUAUGUACGCAGGCACUCCAGGGAGGAGGCUGUAAUUGGGAUACCAUCAGCCCAAACUGUGCGGCUUUCAUAAAAACAGCAAAUGUGUCACCCGCUCGCACCUGCAACUGCUCUCAGCUGGUUCAUUCUUUACCCUGUAAACAGAGUAGCCUGUAACUCAAUCCUCUAAGUAACAUUAUACUCGGAGUAGGCCCAUUUGAAAUGAAUUGACAUGGCUAACAUUAAUUCUGAUGGGUCUGUUCCUGUUUGAAACAACCUCCUACGAUAACAGCCUGCUGUAGUGGGCUUGGUUGUACCCUGCGACCACGCAAGGAAAUCUUUGAGGGAUGGAGGGAGUUCCUAGUGAGAAUGAGUGACAAUGAAUGAUAGAGGGGUUUAUCCCCUGCUGCCAUCCUGUUUUAACAGGGAUGAGCAUUAAUAGCAGAACGCAGUUAUUUCUCCCUGUUAUUUGAAGCAAGCCAUGUUCCUGUGCAGUCUCCAUUCAUGCAUGGGGCUGAGAUGUCGAAUGGGUUGUGCCUUCCCCCCCCAAAGAAAACCGCUCUUUGGGCCGAGAUCUGGUCACCUGUCUCAGUAUGCUUGCUAACUCAGUAAGGGUCGGAGCGCACAGUAAUCUCUGUUGCUAGUUCCUUGUAACUCCCCCUCAGAGUCUUGCACAACUUUUUUCAUCUUCUGACAACACACUUUAUAAUUACACAAGCGCCAUCUUAAGCGGAGGUUGCUGACCGCCUCAGCCCACCUGUUAUAUGUCAUGUUUUAACAGUCAAAUAGGUACCUUCCUGGCUUAUGUCCAGCGUUGGUCCUGCUUGAAGUAGCCCCACUGAAACUAAUGGAUGUAACUAACUUUGGUCCCUUCCUUUCCCAGGACUGCUCUAAGUAGGACUGAGCUGGAUAUGAUCCCCUGUUCUGUUUGGAUGCCCACCUUUGAUGAUACCAUCAGUUACUGUAUUGCUGAUGAGCGUCCACAUCUGUUGUGUUUGCUUUUUAAGCCCCCUAUGUGUACCGCCGUUUGUAUUAACAGUUCCCCUUUCCGGAACUUGGGUAACAACUAAAUUUGUUGAGUGGAGGUUGGAACAAGAACCACUUCCAUCCUGAAAUGCAUUAUAAUUCAAAGAAGAAAAAUAAUAUUUUUGUACGGCUAACAAGUUUACAGAGAUUAAUAAGGAGGUACUAUUAACCAAUAAAAGAGUUAAUUGAUAGA